AUGCAAUGUGAAAUGCAAUCAGCGAUAUUCCAGGAUUCUUCUCGUUCUCCUUUAUUAGAACUUAUCUGCAUAUAUGAAGUUUUUUCUACGGAAUCAAACGUUGCUGCUCCAUCAUCACACAGUACAACACAAACAGAGUCGAAUGUCAUGUUUGUCAUCGGUCUAGACAUGCGAGAGUCAGGCGAUUCGUUACGGAAGAAAAGUGAACAAUUCUGGAAGAAUCCAUGA